AUGGAAGCAAAUAGGACUUUCGGAAAAAAAUUUGAAGAAUAAUAGAAGACUUGGACCCGAUAAAUGCAAUUUAAGCUAUCGAAGUUCAACAUCAUGCAACUUAGCCAAAAUAAAGCUAAACUAGAAUUGCAGGGAUUUGAGAAAUAUUCUUUGAUGAGUGAAAAAGAACAAAAAAGAGAAGAUAUGGUACUUGAAGCUACUCAAGCUGCGAUAGUUGAAGCUAACUAAAUGACGAAUCUCAAAUUUGAAGAAUAAAGUAAGAAUAAAACAAAGAAGAAGCGAAAAACAUUAGCUAAGAGUACCUUCUUCUAAUAUAAGAGCAAAUCAAUUUCAAUAGACACCAUAACAUAGCCACUUAAAUUACAAGAAAUGAGAGGCACGUUUUACAAGUAAAAGAAGUCUUCUUAAAUCGAACAUAAAGAAACUAAUAAUUUGAGAAGGAAUGAGAUAUCCAUGAUUUAAAACACUUCUAGACUUAGUUUAAAAAUAGACGAGGGAGAAGAUUCUGAUGAUAAUUAAAAUGAGUAAUUAGCCGAGUAAAAUGACAUAUUUAGCUAGAAUUCUGAUUAAGCCAAAGAUAAUAUGAUUUAAUCAAGUAAUUAGCUUAAAAGCAAAGAAAUGUUUGUUCCUAGAAUAUUAGCUUACAAGAAAUUUCAGUAGUAAAUGAUAAAAUAGAGAAGCAACAAUGAUCUAAUACACAUUUAAGAUAAUUAUUCUAAACCGUAAUCAAGAAACAACCAAUCUAAUUUAAAUAUACCUAAGUACAAUGCGCAAUCCUUUUCAACUCAUUAAACACCAUUGCUAAAAACUAGUUUUCAUUUGAAUGCAAAUCAUCUAAUGUCUAAUAGAAAUUUGAUGAUCUCAAUAUAAAAUAACAAAAAGGUGAAUAAUUUCACCUCUAACUUGAUUAGUCCAGUCUUUAGUCAGCAAAAGUAACAAUAAUCUUUUGGAAUAGCAUCUCCAAUUUAAUAAUUGAAAGCCUAACACUAAGAAUAAAGUUUAGUAAAUAGUAGUUCUCAAAUAUUAGUUUUACCGCUGAUUAAGCACUAACCUCAAAAGCAUAGUGAAUCUGUUAUGGCAGUUGACACCACAAAUUAUACUAUAGAAGGAACAAUAACUACUGUUGGUGGGCUUGGAAGCGGCAAUAUGAGUAAUAGUGAUAUAAAAAGCAGAUACAUGAAAGGAGUUCUGUCACUGCCGAAGAUAAAAUCUUUGAGUAAUUUAAACAUAUAGAGUAAAAUUAAUGACUUAGUCAAAAAUGUAAAUGAAUUUAAAGAGAUUGAAGAAUUUACUCUGGAUAAAUAGUUAAUGUUAAAAAAUUAAUGA